AUGAAGGAGGUUCCGAAGUUCAUCGCCUCUGAGCUAUGUGAGCUGAUCAUGAAAUGGCCUGUUUCUUCCUCGGUUACCCCUGAUUCUGUGCAAUUCCUUGUUGUGCAACGAAUAGCCGCUGCUAUUUGUGGUCGUCUUGCCUACAUCUAUAAUCAGUCGUUAUGCUUCGGUGAGGUACCCGUGCGCUGGAAACAUUCCAUUGUUACUCCGCUACUGAAGGAAGAGCCAUCUUGGAACCCUGAGAAUUAUCGCCCCGUAAGCGUUACGUCUCGUUUCUGUCGGCUAUUUGAGAAAGUCCUGAAAAUAGCAUGUCAGUCGUCACUUGUCUAUUAA